UCAUGCGCGGGGAGUCAGUCACCAACACUGGCGAACAUUGACGGGUGGACUGUACUGUCUCUCUUGCUAUUUACACCCCAAGAAAAUGGAGUGAAUUCCGUGCGGGGUUUUCCCGCUGUAUACAAAAACUUUGUGUGUGUAGCCACACGCAGGAUGAGUGCAAUCACAGUGCUGGAUGCUACGUGUAUGUCUAAGUGGAUGUAAUGAGUGCAAGAGAAACCAGUGUACAGAAUGAAACCACCACUUCCAGCCACAAUGUGACAGACAUUACUCAAGCUGUUGCUGGGGGAAUUGCCCCCGGCAGUAGCAGCAUCAGCAGUGGUGGUGGAGGCGGUACAGAGUCUCAGCUAGUGCAGCAGCUAAUGAGUCCUGUGAAGAGUAGUGGCAAUAUGGGGUCAGGUGAAGGGGAGCUAGUGAGGCUCACUGAUCCCCGUAGUCUUCACUCCUACACACCUCACACCUCUCCUGUGCCUUCUACCCAUGGAACAACUCCUGUACUUGCUGAUGUCACUCCAAACACCACUCCAUCAUCCUCUCCCAGAAGACCACCACCAUCCAUUUUGUCACAGCCUCCUGCCAAACGUAUUAAAGUUGAAGAAAAGCCUACUGAUUUGUUAGAAUUAAGGAAGGUCAUAGUAGAUUGGAAAAAGGCAAAAUUAGAGAGUGUAAAGGAAAAAUUUAAUGACCAUUUGGUAGAACUUUUCUUUUUAGAAAGAGAUGGCAAUAUGAUGGACUAUCAGUCAUGGAGUAGAAGACCCACUCCAGAAUUCCUCCAGUUCAUUCGUCAACACAAACUCGAAGGGGAUGAAUCUUUAGAGGCUAAGUUCGUUAUUCCCAACCCCUUACACUUAACCUCAGGUGUCCAAAUAAAAAUGGAAAAUCCCUCAGGAUCCCAGUCACCAUUGAAAGGUGGCUUAGGUGCUCAUGCCAGGACUUCCUCAUCACCUGUCAAACCUGGGAAGGGUUUGGCAAAUCCAGGAAUGGGAGGACGUCAAAAAACACCCUCUACAAGUGAGAAUGUUCAGGCUACCACACAGCAGGACCAGAUGGUGGAGAAGGCAAGACAGGAGGCGUAUGUCAUGCAACGAAUAGCUUCAUUGAGAAAGGAGGGACUGUGGGCAGAAAAAAGAUUACCAAAAGUGCAAGAACCACCUAGAGCUAAAGCCCAUUGGGACUACUUGUUGGAAGAGAUGGUGUGGCUUAGUGCAGAUUUUGCUCAAGAACGGAAAUGGAAGAAAGCAGCUGCCAAGAAAUGUGCUCGUAUGGUUCAGAAAUAUUUCCAGGACAAAGCUUUGCAAGCACAAAAGGCUGAAAAGGAACAAGAAAUGAGAACUAGGAAGAUAGCUGCAUUUAUUGCUAAGGAAAUUAGAACAUUUUGGGGAAAUGUAGAAAAAUUAGUUGAAUACAAAGUGACAACAAAGCUGGAUGAGAAAAAGAAGAAAGCUCUUGACCAACAGCUGAGUUUCAUUGUAGAUCAAACAGAGAAGUACUCAUCAUGGCUAGCUGAAAGCAUGAACAAGCCAGUAGAUUCUACUGCAGCAUCUACACGUUCCAACACCCCUUGCCGUGACAGCCGGAUGUCAGAUGAGGAAUUCCGUCCUGAGGAGUCUUCAGACGAUGACGAGGGAACAAUAGCCCGAGAGGAUGACAAUCCGGAGGAACAAGCUUCAGAGUUACAGUUGUUGCAUGAGGAAUCCAAACAAACAAUGGAAGAUCUGUUGAAGGAUCUUCCACCCGGUUAUCUGGAUGGUGGGGAUUUUUCUCCGGACAACAGCACUGAAGACCUUGCCUCAUUAGGGGAGUGUCUGGAAAGUGCAGAGGAGAAAGUGGAGGAAAAGGUGAAAGAGGAAGUUAUAGGACAGGAGGUGACUGAUGAAAAAGAGGAAAAAGACAGUGACAGUGUAAGUGAGAGAAAAAUUGUUAGAGAUAUUAAAAGACGGAACGUGAAACUUAAGUCGAGCGAGGAGGACAUUAGUGAGUGUGACAAGGAUAUUGGCGACCAGGACUUUAAGGUUGAGGAGUCAGGUGAAGAUGAAGAAGAAACAAUAGAGGAACAGGAAAAGAAAGAAGGAGAAACAGACCAUCAACAGGAACUAGAUGAUUUACAGACUGAAAAUGAACUUUCUGUUGAAGAGUUGAGAAAAAAGUAUGCAGAAUUGGCUGCUAGUGCAGAGCCUAUGGAAGAUGAUGAUUCUGAAGAUGACAGUAGCGAAGACGAUGAUGAUGCCAUCGGUGAUGAAGAAAUGGAUGUUGAGGAGCAAGAGGAGGAAGGCAAACAGGAAUCUGAGAAGGAUGAUGAGGGCAGCAAUGAAGAGUUGCCUAGUGAGGAGGAGGAGGAGGAGGAAGAGGAGGAGGAAGAGGAUCAGAGUCUUGGUUUGGAGACUCUGAUGAAAGAAAAUCUUGAGAAGGAUUCCAAGGUUGACAGUGAGAAAGCAGACAAGGAGCUACAGGAUGCCUCCGCUGUUGCUGAAGCGUUACAACCUAAGGGGUUUACACUCUCUUCUACAUCUGUGACUACACCUAUUCCCAUCUUGCUCAAGCAUAUGUUGAGAGAGUACCAGCAUGUAGGCUUGGACUGGCUCACCACCAUGUAUGAAAAGAAAUUGAAUGGUAUCCUCGCUGAUGAGAUGGGUUUAGGAAAGACCAUUCAGACAAUCUCACUUCUGGCACAUCUUGCGUGUGAGAAGAGCAACUGGGGACCUCACCUAAUUGUGGUGCCAACCUCCGUCAUGCUCAACUGGGAGAUGGAGUUCAAAAAGUGGUGCCCAGCCUUCAAGAUACUCACUUACUAUGGCACUCAGAAGGAAAGAAAGAUGAAAAGACAGGGUUGGACAAAGCCAAAUGCAUUCCAUAUUUGUAUCACAUCGUACAAGCUGGUGAUCCAGGACCACCAGAGCUUUAGAAGGAAGAAGUGGAAGUAUUUCAUCCUUGAUGAAGCUCAAAAUAUCAAAAACUUCAAAUCUCAACGUUGGCAGUUACUGCUCAACUUUCAAAGCCAAAGACGCUUACUGCUCACGGGCACUCCACUUCAAAACAACUUAAUGGAGCUGUGGUCGUUGAUGCACUUCCUGAUGCCUAAUGUGUUUGCCUCACAUCGAGAGUUUCGUGAAUGGUUUUCCAAUCCAGUAACCGGCAUGAUCGAGGGGAACAAGGAAUAUAAUGACACCAUCAUCAAGAGACUACACAAGGUAUUAAGACCGUUCAUAUUAAGAAGACUGAAAACUGAGGUGGAGCAACAAAUGCCUAAAAAGUUUGAACAUGUAGUAAUGUGUAGAUUAUCAAAGAGGCAACGUUAUCUCUAUGAGGAAUUUAUGGCGAGAUCAAAAACUAAAGAGACUUUGGCAUCAGGUAACUUCUUAAGUGUGAUAAAUGUGUUAAUGCAACUGCGAAAAGUUUGCAAUCAUCCGAAUCUGUUUGAACCUCGUCCUACUGUGUCACCAUUUAUGAUGGAUGGCAUCUGUUACCGGGUGCCAUCUAUUCUUUGGGGCCUCACAGAUUAUAACCCAUUUAGACAUGUUGAUCUCUUCAGCCUCAAUUUCCUUUUGGCCGACCUGGAGUUGUGCUUGACAGCCUUUGCCGCUCAUCGCAUCCGUAAAUUCCAGGCCCCUCGCCGUCUCAUUGAGGAAAUUGAUUCUGCUCCAGAUCCACCUCCAAAAUGCCCUGCAGGAAAGAUCAAGCUUCAUGUGCGGCCAUCUAGUCAAAGUGUGCCUAAAACUGGCAUAUCACCAGUGAGCACUCCAAGAGCACCAACACCGGCUGGAACUCUACGUGCUCCCUUGCCACAAAUGCCAACCUUGGCCUCCACCACAACCAAUUUGCAUAGUGGAGGAAUGCGGUUACAAUUGGUUCAACAAGGAGGAACAAUAAAAGCCAUCCAAGUGCCAGUAAGUGCAGCUGGUGGAGGGGGAUUAAUUGUGCAACAGACUCCACAGGGGCCACGUCUGGUGAUGCCACAACGAGCAAGCCUAGGUACUCCUGGUGGUGCAACAGCAUUGGCUGGAACACCUGCAACAGGAACCUCUGCUUUGGGGGGAUUACAGCUUCUUCAGACAUCAACUGGCCAGCUGUUACUCACCACAGCACCUAUACAGAAGCCAACAAAUCCUACCUUAUCUCAAGGUGUUAGUGGCAGUGCAGCAGCAGCUUUGCUUCAGCGCUUACAAGGCUUGAAAGGUCUGCAGGGAUCAAUGAUUACAACUGGAGCAGGGGGAAGACCAGUGCUCAGACUGCCCCUUCCCACAAGUAAUCUCCGACCACAGACACAGGUCAAAAAUUUCCCUGGACCAAAACUGUAUGCUAUACAGGCAGUCCCCGAGUUACGACCAUCCGACUUGCAAUCACCCGCACUUACGAACAGGAUCCCAAUACAUUCUUCACAAAAAUUUGUUUUAGGUGUCAGUAAUAACCAGUCGAAUCCAGCUACAGUUCGUGUUCCUUCACCUGCUGUCCCUCCCCAAACAACUCCUGUGGCUAGUCCAGUACGAGCAGGUCCCUCUUCGCCUGCUGCCCGGGUAGCCACCCCUAAUACUACUCCCACCAAACCCACUACAAGGAUUGAUCAAAGGGAGCUUGAACGUCAGGAUGAGAAGAAGAAGGAAGAGGAACGAAAAAGAACAUUAUUCUAUUUGAAUGACCUCGAAGAAAGAAGACGCAAGAGAAGGAAAGACAAACUUAGCCUCAUAUCCCGGUUAAAUACGCGACGUUGUCAAGCCUGUCCCAUAUAUGGUUCAGACCUGAUAGAGGCUGUCUCUGUAAUUAAUACCUGUAAUGGGACCACCAGUGGUAAUGAAGAGUGGAAUGGCAGAGGAAUAGUGGAUUGUCUUCACGCAACUAAGUUCAGGCCCCGUCUUUAUUGGUCUCAAACAGACACCCUCCACAGACUAGUCCAUACUCCAGAAACCUAUAUAAGGGACUUGAAAGAUAUCACCGACAGAUACGUGUUCUGUAUACCAUCAGUCGUGGCUCCUCGUGUAACCAUGAGAAUGAGUCACCCAUCACCAUCUAAACUCUGGACAGAAGAGAGAACCAGAUCUUUACUGAAAAAACUCCUAUCACGCCCCAUAUCUCCUCUCCAUCACAUUAUGAAUGCGGCAGUCACACAGUUCCCAGAUCCCAGACUUAUCCAGUAUGACUGUGGCAAGUUACAGACGCUGGACCGCCUGUUGCGGCAGUUGAAGACUGGUAAUCACAGAGCUUUAAUCUUCACUCAGAUGACAAAAAUGCUGGAUGUUUUUGAGGCUUUCCUUAAUUAUCAUGGUCACCUUUACCUGAGGCUGGAUGGAACAACCAGAGUUGACCAACGACAGGUGUUGAUGGAAAGAUUUAACCAAGACAAGAGAAUCUUUGCUUUCAUACUGUCAACACGUUCUGGAGGUAUUGGAGUGAAUCUCACGGGAGCUGAUACAGUCAUUUUCUACGACUCGGAUUGGAACCCCACCAUGGAUGCCCAGGCUCAGGAUCGAUGUCACCGAAUUGGACAAACUAGAGACGUGCACAUUUAUCGUCUCAUCUCAGAGAAGACCAUAGAAGAGAACAUUUUAAAAAAGGCCAAUCAGAAGCGCCUCCUGGGUGACCUGGCUAUUGAAGGCGGUAACUUCACCACUGCACACUUCAAAAAGGCAACCAUACAGGACCUCUUUGAUGUGAAUGUGAAUGAAAAUGAUGCAUCAAAGAGAAUGUCAGAAGUCAUAGAUAAGAACAAAUCUACAGAGGAGGGCAAGGAAGUUUCGGAGGGAGAAAGAGUGAAGAUGGGAGCCUUUGAGACUGCCUUAGCUGCCGCUGAAGAUGAAACCGAUGUCCAGGCAGCCAAGACUGCUAAAGCAGAAAUGGCUGCAGAGUUGGCAGAGUUUGAUGAAAACAUUCCAAUAGAAGAGGGAGAAGGAGGAGAGGAGUUAAGCAAGGCAGAGCAAGAAGUUGCUCAUCUCAUGAAACAGUUAACACCUGUAGAGAAGUAUGCAAUGAAGUUCCUGGAAUCUUCGGAUGAUGGCUGGGCAGCCGAAGCAGAGCGAAUGGCUGCAGAGAUAGAACAGCAAAAGAAGGAAUGGGAGCUUGGACGAUUGCAAGCACUGAAAGAGGAGGAGGAACGGCUGGCACACAAUUCAGAUGAGGAUCUCCUUACCUACCGAUCUGCAGAUGCACACAAUCAGCUGUGGCUGUCACUGUGUGGGAGAGAAGAGAUGCCAGUUUGGCACCCACCAACUCCGCCUCGAGAUGACAAUGAUGUGUACAUUGACCACUCCCUUGGCUUCUGGUAUGACUCAAGUACGAUGCCUGAAUCUGCUCUGCCUCCUGUCUACAUCAAGAAGGAGCACAAAAGACUUAAAUUAGAACCAGGUACUGUUGGUGCCUCAGGCGAUGGAACUUGUGGGUUACGUCGACCUCAGAAACUUCGCCGUGAAGAUGCCGUGUGUGCUCCUCGCUCUCUCUUUGAUCGACCUUCACCAGCUGUUGUAAAAAUACGCCGAGAUCUUAAACUACAGAAGUACAGGGGCAUUAUCAGGCCUAGUAUCCCACUUCCAGGUUUGAAGCCAGCUGUGUUGACCAAACCUCCAGCUGCAGAACCUGAGAACACUCCAGAAUGGGCAGUACAUGAGGACUGGGGUGUUGUACAGGCUGUGCAGCACCACCUACAGUUGGAGCUGCCUGUUAAUUUACUUGUAUUGUCUCCCGGUCACACUGCAAAUUGGGAUCUUGUAGCCGAUUUAGUAAAUUCUGUGUCCCGGUGCUACCGUUCACCUCGUCACUGCAGGAGCCGGUACGAGAGCACCAUUCUUCCUCGUGAGGAGGGAAAGCUGCCACCAGAUACACCUCCUAAGAAGAUAUCAAAGAAACAAAAAUCUGGACUUCUUUCAAAGCCUUUACAUAAAAGUUCACGUCCAAUGAGAACCUCACAAUUGUUUGCUCAGGAUAACAACAGCAGUUUCUCCUCACUAUACUGCACUCGAUUUGAGACGAUUAAAAACAUAGCCAUCAAGCGCACCCCAACGACUAAACCGCCAUUGGUAAACCCAACCCACAAAAACCCCAAACAUGCCCAGGUACUUGCAGAAUCAGGUAUCCAGUAUGAUGGCCCUCUUAACCCAGGCCAAGUCGCUGCAAAUCUUGCAGAACGUAUUCAGCGAGCAAAGCAAAAAUCUCAGGCUGACCUUGCUCAACAACAACAACAAAAAUUACUUCAACAACAGCAGCUUCAGUUGCAACAGCAACAGCAGCAGCAGCAACAACAACAACAGAUACAACAGGCUCAGCUUACUGCAAAUCAGUUGCAGCAACAGUUACAACAGCAACAACCCCAACAAAGUCAGGUACAACAGCAGACUGGCCAGCAACAGGUGCAACAACAAGGUCAACAGCAAAUCCAACAACAGGUUUCAGUUGUGGGUAACACCAGCGGUCAACAAGUAGUCAGUAGUGGCCUUUCUGGGAAAGUAGCCACCUCAGUGGUACUUAGCCAGGGAACAGCGAUGACUGUUGCCACUGUUACUGCUGCUACAAUCACCACUACUGCUACUACAUCUUCAACAACUGCAGCCAUCUUAGGUGGUGUCCGUACUGCUGCAGGGGCUGGCAACACUGGCCGUACCACUCUAGCCCUUCAAGAGCUCCAGGUUCGCACAUCAGGGAGUAAUCAGAGCACAGUUGUGAGUGUUGCAGCCGGUCUAGCCCAACUUCAUGCUGCUAAACUCACAGCAACACUCUCAUCACAAUCAUCACAGAAAGGUGUAGCUGGAGUUACAAAAUCAUUGACUCCAGCACAGUUGCAGUACCUGAAGAGUCAAGCCCAAGCCAGGCAAGCCCUGCUACAGCAGCAGCAAGGCAAAGUGGUGGCCACAAGUGACCAGACCAUCAAGAGGGUGCAGAUAGCAGGGCAGGCAGGAACAACCCAGAAGGUGCAAGUAGCAGUGUCUAGUGGAGCUUUAGCAGCUGUUACAGCAAUACAGGUAAGCCAAGCAGGGCGCACACAGCUGAUGAAGCCUGGAACUGUCGUAGCUGGAACAAGCGGAAUGAUGGCCACUGGGAAAGCCGUAACCCGCACAGUGACGGAUAGAGAGGUUGCUGCCAUUCUUAAGCAGCAACAGCUCAACAAGUCUGCACAAGUGGCUCAGAUUGAACCUCUGUUGAAGGAGCCUUAUCUAGGGAAUACCUCCACCAGGAGCCCUCUUGGAAAGAGUCAAAUAAUACAGGUAUACCUCCACCAAGAGCCCUCUUGGAAAGAGUCAAAUAACACAGGUAUACCUCCACCAAGAGCCCUCUUGGAAAAGAGUCAGAUACCACAGGUGCAAGUGCCCUCAGCACAACUCCUGGCAGGCCUUCAGGUGCAGGGUUGCGUGAGCGGAGGAGGCACACCCGUGGCCACACUGGUCAAGACCGUCAGUGCUCCCAGUACUCUGGUUCAUACACCAACCUCUGUCACUCUCCCUGUAUCAGCUAUUAACGUAACACUUCCGCAGGCGAGAGUCACCACUGCAGCAACUGUCGCCAAGGCUGCCACUACCCAGCAGACGGUACGAAAUAUUCCUUUACCACAGCAACUCUUAACAAAGCAGAGAUCGCUGAUGGGGGUUAAAGGUGUUGGACUGCAGCUUGGCAGUAAAACUGUAGGAAGUACUGGACUGAAUACAGUGCAAAUUGUACAGGGAGGUGGCCAGAAACAGAUGUCCCAUGUUACAGUACAGCAGAUACAGCAGGUGUUGAAGCAGGUACCUCAACAGACCAUCCAACAUAUUACACAGGGUGGCACUGUGAGUGGUACUGUGGUAGGAAAAGCAGUAUGUAAUACAGUAACAGGCACUAGCGUAACAGCAUCAGGCAGCCAAGGCAUCAGCACCUCUCACACCACCAAGCUGGUGCCCAUGACCAUUGCUUCUCACCAACAGCAGCCCAUCAAACAAACUAUCCAGGUUGUGUCAGCUGGAUCUACAGUGGUUGGCGGAGGAUCAGCAAUACGAGUAAGUGCUGGGGAGCGCUCCUCACCAUCAACUUUAGCUCUCUCAGCUGGAACAGUCAAAGUGACAAACCCUGCUCUUCUGUCUGCAGCCCUUCAAGGCCAACCAAUGUCUGUUGCUGUUAGACCUUCCACACAGAGUCCUGUCAGAAUACAGACUUCAGCCCUCCAGACCCAGCAAACAACACAAACUCAGCAACAGCAGCAGACGACUCAGCAACAAGGACAACAACAGGGUGGUGUUGGACAGUAACUAAAAAUAAAGGAUCACAUCAUAUACAUCAGUAAUAUCAGAUAUCAGCCAUUAAAAGCCUUCUGCUAUAUAGUUAAAUUACAGUUGGGUCUUCAUUUACGCAGUCAAUUGAACCCGCGGAAUACCACGUAAAAUGAGAAACGUGUAAAUGAAAUAACAGAACAUAUGGGAUUAAUUAUUAAUUGAAAUAGAGAC